AUGGGCGAAGCUGGCAGUAAAGGGGCCGUGUUGGAGUUGAGUCAGCUGCUCUUUAAGGUUGGUCAGAUGUUCAGUUGGUUUGGUCAUUUUCGUAUGAUGAGUUCAGAUUCAGAUGGUUACGGAUUCUGGAUUGUUCCGUCUUGA